AUGGAGCCCGAGGAGCUGACACCGCAACAGCUCGGAAAGCGGCUUCGGUACCGCAAGGCGAAGCGCGCCGCGCGCCUUCGGUACCUCACCGAAUGCAGCACACUGCAAGAGAAGAUCGAGGUGCUUGGGCGCAAGCUUCGGACGCUGCGCGCGUCCAGCGACUGCCUCCUCACGUGGAAAGACAUUGCCGUGUCGCUUGCCGCCGCGACCGAAGAGGGUCUUGCCGAGAAGGAGGCAUUGCGCCGCCACCUCGCGCACCAAUCCCGCCUCGCCCGCCACUUGCACGCAUGGGUCGCCUCCAUGACCCCGGCCAAGCAACCGGCGCAGUCGGUGUUUGCGUGGCGCGAUGUCCAUCUCUCGACCAAUGUCGAGCUCCGCACCGUGGGCUACCACUGGAUCGGGCAGCAGAUGCUCCACGCGACGCCGUUGCAUAUCGUCGACAGUGAUUUCCCCGCCGACCAAGAAGACUGGGUUGCCGCAAAGUACAGCGUCGAGGGUGGCCGCGUCCACUCGCAGCAAUUCCUCGAUGGCACCAUGAUGGAAGUCGCGAUCGCUGCGUGGGCCUUCAGCCAAGCGCUACCAACGAUCCUCAACGGCAAGCGCGGCUGCGUCUCGAACAUUUACCACCACAAGGCGCGGGGGGCCGAAAUAUGCUACAACCGCGAAGCGUAUCCGUGGGUGACCAACAAUGGCUUUUACACGUGCUACGUUCAAGACGACUGCCUCGUGAUGCACUACCGCACCAUCCGCUACGACGAAGCGCACCCGGUCGGCGACAAGGGCUUCAAGAUCGACAUUCAAGAAUGGAAUGUCAUUCGAGCCGUGUCACCGACCAAGUGCGUCGUCCAAUCGUCGACCGUGUGUCAACCCUUCAAAAGCUACGAGCACUUUGAAGACUUUGUCCGAGACGAGCACCCGGACGUGCUCGCGAUGGCCGAAGGUGCACAAGAGAGCGAGUUGGAGCGCCUCGUCGCGAGCAAAUCGUGCCGCAUCAUCCGAGACAUGCACGGACGCGUCCGCAAGAUGCUGCGCAACGUUCAAGAGUCGCCCGAGUCGUACCCGACACCCUAUUGAUAUUAACACGUUUCCGUUCAAAAUCCA